CUGAAACAAUCUUAUCAUUUCUGCUCAAGAUAAAAUAUCAUUCAGUUUUUAGUGUAUGUUCAAGACAGUUGUCUUUUUAUUCUCAGAAAUUAAGUAAGUUUAUUUGAUUUUCCCCUUUUUUAUCAUACUGACAUUAUAAUGGCUUCAAGUGACCCUGAGAUUAAGGAUGGAUUCACACUUCCUGCUUGGAUGAAAAGUAAACCAGCCAAGGAGUUUGAACCUUUCGCGGGAUCCCCGCCAGCUCCAGAGGACUCAUUCUUCUACAUCCGCUACCCCAGAACCGACGUAUUGUUCGGAAAACCGAAGCUUAAUCAAGACGUUCCAAAGGUUUUCGCGGAACCAACCAACGAAGUUAAAGCCGCCUCAGCUUUUAAUAUAGUUAAGGAGAAAGACUGGUCGAAGCAUACAAAACCGUGCCAAGACGUGCUCCACGGCAUUGCACCAAUCAACACAGCAGUUAACUCUGUUACUUCAAAGCCAAAGCCUGCGGGGACAGACGACGGUUUCAAAGGCGAGGGCGCGGCUUGCGGCAACUCGAUUGUCAAGGUAGCGCAUCAGAUAAUAUCUUCAAAGUCGUCCCGAGGGUUCACGGUGGCAUCACCCGAGGAGGACCACGCCGUGGCCCCUGACCUCCACCAGUACAACUUGAUGCACCGCCGCGGCAGUAAGAGCCUGCCCGCCACUCCUGCACACUCACCACCCGGCAGCCCAGCCAGCCGAAGGAGGAUGAACGGGAAUCGUUUCUUCACAUCGCCGUACGAACCAGUAGAAGAUGGGAAUGCGCCACGUUCGUGGUUGUCUAUGGCUCUGCUGGGUUUGAAGAAAGACCUCGCUACGUCAACCUCCACACUAGCUGAGGAAGACAGCUUCGACGUACUCUCUGUUUCGCGUGGUAACCUUGCGGAAUCAGUUGAAAAUCUUGGCCCAGCGCCUAAGAGGAAAGAAACUCUUAGCAGUAUACCACAAGAACCAGUGGCCCAGGCCUCGAAACCCGCAAAACCUACUACUUAUCGUCCCAAACCAUCAGAACUACGCGAAAUGAAUUUCUGGUCGCCCACCUCCAUGUGAAACUACUUUAUAAUGCUGCAGAGUUACGCUGUAUAAUGGACACAUUUAUUGCGUAGGUCUAAGCUUAUAAGGAGUAUACUAUACACGUUUAUCUACACGUGUGUUGACGCACAAUAGCGUACGAACCCCACGGGGAAUGUCAAGUUAUGCAGAACAGUUUUCUGAUAACUGUAUGUUCUUGUGACUUAAGUUUACUACAGGGUUUUGUCAUGUGGUUCAAAGUAGUCUGGCGAAUAUCAAGUUUGUAUGCUAAGCAGCAGUAAGUUCAAUAUAAUUACAGUCUAUAUUUGUAAUGGGAAUUAGAUUAAGUGUAGGUUAUUUACUG